AAUAUCAACGGCUUCGUAUUCCUAUUUUGCAAAGAAAAUCUUUUGUUGUUCUCUUAUUCGACAAGAUAAACAAAUAAGAAAACUUUAUUUUAAUGAUAAAAAUAGUUUGAAUUUGACUGUUCAAUUGGCCCAAAAAAUGUCCUGCUUUGGCUGCAGUAAAAAAUAUGGCCUAUUUACCAAAGAGUAUGGUUGUCCGAAUUGUGGUUACUCCUAUUGUGCCAAGUGUCUCAAGCGACCAGUGGCUGUUCCCAAACACAACGACAAGGUGAUGAAUGUCUGUCUAAUAUGCUUUGAUAAGCUAUCUAAAUUGCAAGCCGCCGAAAAGGUAAUCGAUGUGGAUUCUUUGCCUGGUACAAUUGUGACGAAAACCAAUCGGGGAAAGACCAUCGAGAACAAUCUGAAUACAGAUAUUAACAAAUUACUUGAGGUCGAGCCAUCGGCAGCUUUGACGGGUGAGGUUUUGGCACCAAUAUCACCCACACAAAUGACAACAUCUACACAUUCCAGUGGUGAAAAUUCGGAUAUAACGGAAAAUCUGGAUUCGGCAAUAUUACAACGUUUGAAAAACUUAAAGACCAAUGGUGGCCCACAGCAAUUGCCUUCGGAUGAGGAAAUUCGCUCCAGAUUGGCGAACUUGAAUGGUAUACCUUAUAAGGACUAUUCGAAAAAGGAUUUACUUUUGAAUGUGGAUCAACGUUCAGAUCAAGAAAAAAUGAAUGAUUUGUUAAAACAAUUUAUGGGUGAAGCUCAAUUGGAUCGGCGUAUUGAAAGUGAACGUAAUGAUGCAAUAUCAGAUAUUGAGAGAAGAUUAAGAGCAUUGCGUGAUACACCAGUCGAUGGUGCUGCAGCUGCAAGUGGUUUAACGAGACCGGUGGGAGACAUAUCACCGGAUACCAAUACUCCGAGUGAUAAUGAAAUCGAUGAUGAAGCGAUACUAAAGGAUAUUAUGCAGAAGUAUUUGGCUGAAGCCCGUUUACCAGAAGCUCCAAAUACAUUGGAAAGUGAACUGGCAUCCAGUGUCCCGCCACCGCCAGCGGGCACUGAAACCGAAGAAUUGCCCUGGUGCAAUAUUUGUAAUGAAGAUGCCGUUAUUCGUUGCCUAGGCUGUGAAGGUGAACUUUUCUGUGCCACCUGUUUUCGAGAAUGCCACGAUGACGAUGAAGAAUAUCGCAGUCAUGUCAAGGAACCCUACAGUGCACCGCCCAAAUUCAAAGAAGACCACUUCUAGGACCAGCUUUGUUAUUUCUUUAUUAUUUAUAUUCUAAUAGACAUAUUUUGAUAUUAUAUAUUUAUAAUCAAUAUGCUUAUUGAUUUUACUUUUUUUUGUUAUAAAAACUUAACAAUUAUCAUUAAUUUAAUGUCCAAAUAAAAGGAUUUAAGGCAAUACACAUAGGAAAAAACGAACAAUUUAUAAAAAAAUAUUUGAAUUUCAAAUAAAAAACUUUUUGCUCCAAUUAAGCUACACGGAA